CUUUUUAGGAGAGCUCACACAUUAACAGUGCUAUUCAUCCUGACGUGCUCCUUGGUAUAUGUUACAUUACUUGAAGAAACUCCCCAAGACACAGCCUAUAAUACAAAAAGAGGAAUAGUGGCCAGCAUAUUGGUGUUUCUAUGCUUUGGUGUCACACAAGCUAAAGAUGGCCCAUUUUCAAGACCUCACCCAGCUUACUGGAGGUUCUGGCUCUGUGUAAGUGUGGUGUAUGAGCUUUUUCUCAUCUUCAUUCUUUUUCAGACUGUACAUGAUGGGAGACAGUUCAUGAAGUAUAUUGACCCCAAAUUGGGUGUUCCUCUCCCAGAAAGAGAUUAUGGCGGAAAUUGCCUUAUCUAUGACCCUGGCAAUAAGACUGACCCUUAUCACAACCUAUGGGAUAAGAUGGAUGGCUUUGUACCUGCACACUUUCUUGGUUGGUACAUAAAAACACUAAUGAUAAGAGACUGGUGGAUGUGUAUGAUAAUCAGCGUAAUGUUUGAGUUCCUGGAAUACAGCCUGGAGCACCAGUUGCCCAAUUUCAGUGAAUGCUGGUGGGAUCAUUGGAUAAUGGACGUUCUGGUUUGUAAUGGAUUUGGAAUUUACUGUGGUAUGAAGACCCUUAAGUGGCUGUCUAUGAAACCUUAUAAAUGGCAGGGCCUGUGGAACAUUCCAACAUACAGAGGCAAAAUGAAGAGAAUUGCCUUCCAGUUCACACCCUAUAGCUGGGUAAAGUUUGAAUGGAAGCCGGCUUCAAACCUGCGAAGAUGGUUGGCAGUCUGCGGCAUUAUAUUUGUAUUUUUACUGGCAGAAUUAAAUACAUUUUACCUCAAGUUCGUCCUAUGGAUGCCACCAGAACACUAUCUAGUCUUGUUGCGGCUGGUCUUUUUUGUGAACGUCGGAGGUGUGGCUAUGAGGGAGAUCUAUGACUUCAUGGAUGACUUGAAGUUCCACAAAAAGUUAGGCCAGCAGGCGUGGAUGGUGGCUGCUAUCACCGUCACAGAAUUCCUCAUAGUGGUAAAAUACGAUCCAUACACCAUAACACUACCCUUACCAUUCUACGUAACGCAGUGUUGGAUUCUGGGUAUAGUUCUUGUUCUCCUGUGGACAGCAUGGCGUUUUUUUUAUCAGGUAAGGAAAUCCGCCUCUAAUUUCACACAUGGAAAAUGCAUACAUUAUUGA